ACAAAAGCGGCCGCUGCAUGUCGGCACGGUUGCGGCUUGCGCUAGUAAGAGGCAAGACCGCGGAAGGCGCUAGGACGCAUCGGCUCCAUAUUCAUUGGCAAGUCUCUCUUCCGCGGAAAAUCACGCUAGUGUUGGUCGAUUACCGUUUUGCUGCGUCCACCCCUGUCUUUCGGCAAGUUUGUUUCAUUCGGCAGUUCUCGUUGGCGUGCUAGGAGCAUUUCGACCCCGAGGGACAAACGUUCGACUCAUGGCUACGGCUGCGACGAUAAACAAACAAGAAAACCAGAACGUGACGCCUCCCGGAGGUGGCCAUGGUUGGCCGCGGAGGGCUUCCACGAACCAAGCUCCGACGAGUUUCCCGACGAAAUACACCGGAGGACAAUUGCUAACCAUCAACAGGCCGAUUAAUUUGUACCCUCUAACAAACUACACGUUUGGCACGAAAGAGCCUCUUUUUGAAAAAGAUCCUUCAGUUCCAGCCAGAUUCCAGCGGAUGAGAGAAGAGUUUGAAAAGAUUGGAAUGAGGAGAAGUGUAGAAGGAGUUCUUUUGGUGCACGAACAUGGAUUGCCUCAUGUUUUAUUAUUACAGUUAGGAACAACAUUUUUCAAGUUACCAGGUGGUGAACUUAAUGCUGGGGAAGAUGAAGUUGACGGUCUUAAAAGACUUCUCACAGAAACACUAGGGCGUCAAGAUGGUGUAAAACAAGAUUGGAUUGUCGAAGACACUAUCGGCAACUGGUGGCGACCGAAUUUUGAGCCACCACAGUAUCCCUACAUUCCACCACAUAUUACAAAGCCAAAAGAGCAUAAAAGGCUAUUUCUCGUCCAACUGGCUGAAAAAGCUCAAUUUGCCGUCCCUAAAAACUACAAACUUGUUGCCGCUCCGUUGUUUGAACUCUAUGAUAAUUCGCAAGGUUAUGGACCAAUAAUCUCAUCUUUACCACAGGCACUGUGCAGAUUCAGCUUCAUUUAUGUAUAAAUGAACAACAGUGAGAUAUGUCUGUGAUGAAGGAUAAAGAAAUUGUACAAACCGUAAUUUACAAUAAAGUGUGUACAGCCUAAUGGCCUGAAUAAGGUUUUUACAAGUAGUGUGUAGUUCGUUAUUUUAUGAUUUAUUGAGUACCUCUAAAUAAAUAAUUAUUCUUUAGAAAAAUAAUCUUUCAUUUUUCAAAUGAUGUAAUAAUAUUAAUAAUAAAAAUAAAUGUAUGUACUUAUUUUUACAAGUAGCAGUUUCCAUACACAUUCCUUAGUACAAACACUAUUUGGUGUACUAUUCUAUGCCUACAAAUUAAAAGAAAAAACUUUUAAUUCUCUUCAACUGUUUAAAU